CACAAACACACCAACUACUUUUCUCUCUUCCUUUCAAUUCUCUGUUUUCUUGAAUUCUUGUCUUCUACUUCCACCAGCAAGAAAGCUAAAGCAGAACCUUUCUGCUUCUGCAAUGGAACCUCAACAACAAAACUACUGUACCCAUCCAAACCAAACCCAGAAUGGGAACCCCGAAGAGGGGGGAGGGGGAGGGAGCAAGAGCAACGGCGGAGCCGCCGGGUACCUUUGCCGGCAGAGCAGCACGCGGUGGACUCCCACGACGGAGCAGAUAAGAAUCUUGAAGGAACUGUACUACAACAAUGGCGUUAGGUCCCCGAGCGCCGAACAGAUUCAGAGGAUCUCCGCUAAGCUGAGGCAGUACGGGAAGAUCGAGGGCAAGAAUGUCUUUUACUGGUUCCAGAACCACAAAGCCCGGGAACGCCAGAAGAAACGCCUCACCGUCGUCCCGCCUGACGCCGCCGCCGCCUUUUCCAUGCAAAUGCAGAGAGGCGUUUGGAGAUCCGCUGCUGAUCAGUGCUCUAACUUCAAUAACCCACAAGCUUCUUCGCCUGCAUCUGGCGUAGUGAAUGUUGGACAGAUAGGGAACUAUAGCUAUGGGAGCACUGUAGCUAUGGAGCGGAGUUUUCGGCAGAACUGUUCGAUAUCAGCGGGCGGUGCAAGCAACGGCGGCGGAGGAUGUCACGUGGCGGCGGCGGCGCCUCAUAAUCAUCACAACUAUGCGUGGGUAGGGGUGGAUCACCACCACCCAUACAACCCGGCCCCACCAUACUACCCGUUUCUUGAAAAGAUCAGGGCCGCUCAUGAAACCCUAGAGGAGGACCACGAUGAUCAAGAACGGGAUCAAGAAACCCUCCCUCUCUUCCCAAUUCACGCCGACCACCACAUGCCGGCAGCCACCACCUACGGUGGAUGCUACUACAGCAAUGCGGACCAGUGGUGCCGCCGCUACGAUGACAACGGCGGCGGCUCGGCGGCCCGGGCGAUGGCUUCUCUCGAGCUCAGCCUCAACUCGUACAAUAAUCUUGCCACUUCGUCUUCUCACCAUUUCACCUAAUUAAUGACACCUUAGCUUAAUUAUAUAUAUUAUUACUCAUCUAAGGAAGGGUUUCUCUUUUAAAAUCAGUCUGCUUCUGAUAGUUAACUUUGUGUAAUACGUACUUAAUGAAAGAUCAAUGCUUUAUUGUAAUUACUAUAUGUACAAAUCCGGCCGCCGGCCCGCCGGCCGGAGUAGUACGUUUUAUUAAAGAUAUACGGAUUACGUAAUAUAUAUUUUUAAUAUUAAUUGGAACAGCUGGCCUGGCUAGUACUGGGUUGUGUUCUUUUUAAGGUUAUACGACCAACAAUCAUAAAUAUACAUCCGGCCGUUUGCUUC